UCUCUCUCUCAUACAUGUAUGUAUAGGCGGCUUCUUUGCUGAGUGAUCAGACGCUGGUUCGUUUUUGUCCCCUACGAUCAUCGCGAUGAAGAGAAAGGCUACUUCGUCACUAACAAAGGAAAGCAUGGGGAUAGAGAAAAGAUCAAGAAUGGAGCUCUGUAGGCGAAUGACAAAACAACUACUACUCAAGGAGGUUGAAAAGGGCAAUUACAAAAACCUUGUUUUGUCGCCAUUGUCUAUCGAUGUUGUUCUUAACAUGGUGGCUGUCGGAUCAAAGGGUCGUACGUUAGAGAAGUUACUAGGCUGGCUUGGUUCCAAAGACAUGGAAGAAAUCAAAUCACAAUCUUUGCAGAUGAUGGCAGUUGCAGGGGGUGAUCAGUACCUUGAAAAGGGCGAGGAAGAACCGGUUUUGUGUUUGGUCAAUGGAGCUUGGUUUGACCAACGUUUUCCUCCAAAGUCUUCGUAUAAAGAGGAUGUACUAAAGGGAAUCUACGGUUGUGAGGCCAAGACAGUUGAUUUCGUGACUCGGGGUGAUGAAGUGGUAGAUGAAAUAAACUUAUGGGCUGAAGAUGCAUCAAGAGGGCUUAUAAAAAAUUUUCUCCCACGGGGCUCCCUAUCUCCAGAGACGGUGCUCAUUCUUGCAAAUGGUCUUUACUUCAAAGGAAAUUGGGAACAUGAUUUUAAAUUUGAUGCUAACCACACUAAAAAUAGACCUUUCUAUCUUCUCAAUGGAGACACUGUUUCUGUUCCUUUUAUGACGAGCCGCAAGCGUUAUCGUCGUUGCAGAUCUUUUGAGGGUUUCAAAGUACUCGAAAUCCCAUACCAAAGCAAGAGCAAGCAGUUCUCCAUGUACUUCUUCCUCCCAGAUGAGCGAGAAGGAUUGCAAAAUCUUUUAGAAAAGCUCAUUUCUGAUUCUGGAUUUUCGUAUGAGUAUUGUUGUCUUGGCGAAACAAGGCUUGAUAAAUUUUGGAUCCCAAAAUUUAAAUUCUCUUAUGAUUUCGACGUUUCAUUGACCAUGAAGGAGAUGGGGAUGUCGUUUCCUUUCAUGGAAAAUUCAGAAGACAUUGCUGAGAUGGUGCAAAUUCAUAAGAACGUCCCAUUUAGUGGAUCACAGAUGAUUCAAAAGGCUUCUAUUGAGGUAGAUGAGAAAGGUACGGUGGGUACUACAAUUACUGCUUUUUGCUGCUUUGCAAAACGUGCGAAGGGCAAGCCAGAAAGCACAAGUUUCGUUGCCGAUCAUCCUUUCAUGUUUAUGAUUAUGGAAGAGAGAUCAAGGUUUGUUAUUUUCACAGGAGCUGUACUCGAUCCAAGCAAAGUCGAAUGACUUGUUCCUUUUCUUUCAGUCUUUCAAGUAUUUAGGUAAAACGUUAGAAAUUCAAAAUAUGGAUUUAGAUUAUCUUUAAAAGUCCAGUUUUAAAAUUGGAACUCCUAGCUAGAUUUGUUGAUAAAUAGCUUACAC